AUACCGAUCACAGUCGGCGCAUGGAACGUUCGAACACUCUUAGACAAAGAUGAUGCGAAUAGACCGGAAAGAAGAACAGCACUCGUAGCCAAGGAGCUGUCAAGAUACAAAGUGGACAUUGCUGCUCUGAGCGAAACUCGUUUUGCUGAAGAAGGACAACUGAGAGAGCUAAAAGCCGGAUACACUUUCUUCUGGAGUGGGCGUGGGAAGGAUGAACGCCGUGAGUCGGGAGUUGGCUUCGCUAUCAAAAACGACCUAAUAGGCAAGCUAACUAGCCUACCCAAAGGGGUCAACGAUCGCCUCAUGACGCUUACUCUUCAACUGAAGGGAAAAAGAUAUGCUACUAUUGUUAGUUGCUAUGCCCCUACCAUGACAAACCCAGACGACAUCAAGGACAAGUUUUAUGAGGAACUCGACACUAUCAUCGCUUCCACACCCAAACAAGACAAGCUGGUGGUUCUUGGGGAUUUUAAUGCCCGUGUCGGGUCGGAUGUAGAAGCGUGGGAUGAAGUCAUUGGGAAGCACGGCGUUGGAUCAUGCAACAGCAACGGUCUACUCCUCCUCAGAUUGUGUGCUGAGCACCACCUUAGUGUCACAAAUACACUCUUCCAGCUGCCAAUCAGAAAUAAAACUACUUGGAUGCACUCACGCUAA